UGUGUACGUGUGAUCUACAAAUUACUGUAUGAAAAUCAGAAGCAAUCAGUCAUUUCAAGGAAAAACACACAAAGACACGUUUCCAGCUUUUCCACAAACUAAACAAAAGGGUCCGUGAUUCAUCACAAUGGCGGAAAACACGUCAUCCACCACCGGCACUAAGCUCACCGACAUGGGCUUGGAUUGUUUGCAGAGGAUUUUCGCUUUCUCAAGCAUUGAUGACUUGGUGAACAUUGCACAUGCCAACACGAAAUUAAGACCCGCUGCCGAUUACAUCUUCGGUCGCAAAAUUCGUGGAAAAAGGUUAACAUUUCGUAUUAUGUGCACUUAUCCAAAUGAAUUGUAUCCGGCAAAAGAAGUCGGUGAGGAGAUAUUCAUCCAAGACUUGCAAACUGCAUUACGUUUGCUACGGUGCUUUGGUCACAAGAUUUCAAAGAUGAAAUUGUCGUACCCGAGAGUGAUGCGACGAGCCCCACCCAAAGUGCUUCGUCAUGCCAACGAGUACUGUUCAGCAUUGACCGACAUUGCGUUUCACAUGAUUUUCAAGUACGCCUUUGGAUGGUCGCUGCAGAAACCAUUCUUAAACGUGGAAAAUAUUAGAUUUGUUAACUGUAAGUUAAGCAAAAAAAUAACCAGAUUCAAUGAUUUUUUUCCGGCAAUGCGCUAUUUGCAUUUGGUCAACGUUUACUUGGGCAAAGUCAAAUACGCUUAUCAAAAGUACCACAAUUUGGAGCAUCUCGUGAUUGAUACUGGUAGAGAUUUGUAUACGAACAUGUUUGAAACCAUUCGCAUCAAUCCGCAGUUGCGCAAUUUAUCACUUCAUCAGAAAGUUCCAAAAUAUAUUCGAGCCUCAAGCAAAUAUUUGACACAAUUGGAACGUCUUAGACUUCAUGUUGGUUUGAGUGAUUUGGACAAGUUUAACGUAAACUUUAAAACAGUCAAGGUAUUGGAAAUAUUUUAUAAAAACGUUGGAGUGAUGUUUGGAUCCAUUGAGCUUACUUUUGAUCAACUCGAAGAAUUCAUAUUAAAUUUGGGCAAUAGCGUUUGGCAUCAUCAAAUCAUUAACUUUCUGCAAAAACAUCAAUCUAUCAAAAAAUUUACAUUAUUCACACAUGACAACAACGUCAAUGAACAAAUUUUGAUCGGCAUCGUUGAAGCAUCAACUCAAUUGAAGGAACUCAACAUUUCCGGUGUAAUAUUUCCGGUUGACGACAUAGUUCGUUUUGUGCAUAGCUUCCAGUUGUUCAGCUACGGAUUUACAGUCAGAUAUCGCUAUGAAGUCGACCAUUUGAAAAAGCGUCUUGGCAACGAUUGGAUCACAUCGGCUGAAGAUUCAAUUGAUAUUGAAGUGAAAAUAAAGCGGAAUGUCAACAGAAACAUCGAAUGAAAACAAGGCUCCAGGAACCGAGCAGCAAGAGGAUGAAAUAGUUCCUCAAAAAAUAAAAUAUUGAACAAAAUAUCUCGUCACACAAAGCGGAAUCCAAUUUAUUCAUUAUUUUCUGUAAUUCUUCAAUAUUUCACAUCGAUUCGUCUGAAUCAAAAACUAUUCAUCAAAACAAAACAUUUAAUACCACGCAACCACAUUUUUCAUACAAAAAUAAAGUUUCUCAUUUGAAAAGAACAUCGAGGUCUCCGAAAAAUCUUUGCGUAAAAUGACUUUUAGACUGACCCAAAUCUGAAUUAUCUAAUAUAGGAAGCGAUAAUAAUAAGAAUGUCAAACUAAAAAUUCAUGCCAUUCAGUUUUAUGUCCCAGAACAUAGACUCGCUGUAAUCCAUGUAACGGCGUUGAUGACAUUAAAUAAUUUUAAAGAAUUAACUUU